AACAACUUAGACUUUGAAUAUUCUAUUUUCCAGUAGCCAUUAGUGCCCACGCAAUGCAGAAGAAGAUUAUAGUCCAUUUCUUGUUAACCCUCCUUUCCCUUGCAAAUCUUUGCCACUGCCUACCUCUUUCGACAAAGUCGAGGUGGAUCAUCGACGAGGCGAAUGGAAACCGCGUGAAGCUGGUCUGUGCCAACUGGGCAGCCCACCUCGACGCCAUGGUGGCCGAAGGUCUUAACAGAAGACCUGUCGGAGAAAUAGCAAAGGACGUGAAGCGUAUGGGGUUCAAUUGCGUGAGGUUCACCUGGGCCACGUAUAUGUUCACUCGAUUCUCCAACGUAACCGUGUCGGAAUCUUUGGGUAAACUCGGGCUUCACGACGCCAUUGAAGGGAUCAAGAAGCAAAACCCUAAUUUUCUGAAACUCAAAUUAAUCGACGCCCAUAGACGCGUGGUCGAUGCUCUGGCGGAGAAUGGCGUCAUGGCGGUGCUCGAUAAUCAAGUCAGCAAGCCGUCGUGGUGCUGCAGCAACGACGACGACAAUGGCUUCUUCGGCGACAAGUAUUUCGACACCAUCGAAUGGCUCCGAGGUCUGUCCAUGGCGGCCAAGCACUACAACAACACUCCCACGCUUGUGGCGAUGAGCCUGAGGAACGAGCUUCGAGGGCCACGUCAGAAUCCGAAAGAUUGGUACAAAUACGUGAAGAAAGGAACAAAUGCAAUCCACAAAUACAAUCCCAACCUUCUGGUCCUCGUCUCGGGGCUGGAUUUUGACCUCAGCUUCUCCUUCUUGAAGAAGACGCCAUUGAAACUGAGCUUGAGGAACAAACUGGUCUACGAGUUUCAUCGAUACGCAUUUUCUGCAGGGCAGAAAGGAAUGUGGUUGAAGAAGCGUUUCACCAAAGCCUGUGAAGGGCUCAACGACGAAAUCGAGAGAUUAGUAGGGUUCUUGGGAGAGGGCCAAAAUGCUGCCCCUCUCUUCGUCACUGAAUUUGGGGCAGAUCUUGAAGAUUUGGGCACUGCUGAAUCCCUUUUCUUGGACUGUUUCAUGGGCUAUUUGGCUGAACACGACCUCGAUUGGGGGAUCUGGGCUUUGCAGGGAGGUUACUAUUUCAAGAAAGGAAUUCGUAAUCCUAACGAAACCUUCGGAUUACUCAAUAACGAUUGGUCCGCCAUUAGAAACCCCAGCUUUUCCCAGAAACUUGAAUUUAUUCAGCAACAGCUACGAGAUCCUAAAUCGAAGGGCCGGCCGUACCGAAUCCUGCAUCAUCCCUCGAGCGGGCAGUGCGUCCAGGUCGGCGACAAGCAAGUCUACGUCGGCGACUGCCGGAGUUUCAGCCGGUGGGAUUUCCGGGGGAAUGGGAAUCCGAUCAAGCUGGUGGGCACCGGAAAGUGCCUGUCGGCCGGCGGGGAUGGCGUGGCGGUGACGGUUUCCGAUGAUUGCAGCAGCAAGUGGGAAUGGAUGCCCGGGACAAAUUAUCAGCUGACGACGAAGGACAGCAAUGGGAAGUAUUUGUGCCUGGAAUGGAAUCUUGAAUACGAAACAACGGUUUUUACGAAUGAGUGCAAGUGCUUCGCCGGAGACGACGAUUACGCCAUGGAUUGCCGUGAAACCCCACUCACACAGUGGUUUAAAUUUAUUCCGGCCAAUGUUUAUUGAUUAAUUUUAGUUCUUGUCAUUAUCGAUCUUGUAAUAACCUUCAGGGAAUUCUUUGUUGAUAUUUUUCCCUGAAAAUGCUAAAAAGCUGUUUCUUCUU